UUUGUUGGUCGCUCAAAUGCUUUUACAAGACUGAUGAUGGGUGACUGGCCAUGGCUGAGUGCUGCGAGUAGCUAGCUUCAGCAUCCAUUCGAACCUGGUGGAAUGGAGGAGACGUCGCCACCGCUCUCGACGUCCCGCCCACGAGAGAGGAUGCACUCACGCGGGAGCAAACGCUCAAGACGGAGCUCAUUGAGGCAGUUGGGAAAUCUGGUCUUCGGGGAAAGCAGAGGAGGGCUUUGGUCUGGCAGAAAUUCGCAAGCAUCUGCCGGAUCGAGCCAAUUGACAACUGCUGGGUCUUUGAUCUUGCGGGAAUCAAGUACCGGCGAUCUGCAAGAGACUGAGAAGGCGCAUUGCAUCAUGGCUAGAUACUACAAAGUGCCUCCACACAUCCUGAAGAGAGGCUUUUCAAGGUUGGAGAUGCGUUUUUCUCCAGACUCCGCUGGGGAGAUCCGAGCUUCACUGAUCUUGACGACCCUGAGCAUCUUCGAUCAGUAUUUCCGGACGGGCAGAACAAAAGCGGAAAGGAAAUACAUCGUGGAGAGCCUUGAGACAUCCAUCUCUGACUUUACGAAGAAAAAAUGGAAUGCCGAUGUUCUGUUCAACGCCUUCUGCGUCAGGAUGAACAUGUGCGAACGGAUCUACUUUACGGUGGAUGUCAGCGGAACCUCCAACCUAUUUUCACGAUUCGUGAGUGCCUUCAUGGUUGCAACCAUUCUUAUCAGCAUUGCUAUUUGGAUGGCUGGCACCAUACCUCUCUAUACCGUGGUCCAAUGCAGCACGUGCGAACCGGUCCCGCUUCCCUGGAUGCAGGUGGUGGACGAGGUGUGUGUCAUUAUUUUUACAACAGAAUUCCUUAUCAGGAUGCUAACAGCACCUUUUGCACGAGCAAAACUGUUGCAAGCACGCUUCUUGUUGAAAUUGCUCUUCGAGCGGGACAUCAAGACCGCUGAGAAGGCCAGCAUGGAACGGGAGCAGAACGAAGAUGAAUAUCUUGAAGAGGAAGAAGUCGCUCAAGCUCAACGAUUUGUUUGGGUCUCAAAUUGGUGCAGCUUUUGGCGGCAACCCAAUGUGAUUGUGGACCUCUUCACGAUUUUGCCUUAUUGGGUGGAGGUCGUGUUUGCCACGUCAGCUGACCAAAAUUUCAUUUGGCUCCGCUUAUUUAGAUUGCUGCGCGUCAGCCGCAUUUUUAAGCUGAUGCAGCUGGUCAACUCGGAUUUGUGGCAGCUAAGCGAUGCGCAGCAUCUUCUAUAUAAUGUCAUGCUACAGGCAGCGCCAGCCUUUGCAAUCACCGCAGCUUUGCUGGGCUUUGCCCUGCUAGUCUUUAGCUCUUUGAUGUUUGUAGCUGAACGUGGUGAUUGGUAUCCACAGCUUGUAGUGGAGGCGAUGGCCGACAACGCCACGGAGCUUCAAAAUGCCAAAGCAGUGCUAUACAAGGCACAACAGAAUGGUGGGGUGUUUCUCCGCAGACUGCCCAACGGCUACCUGGAGAUGACACCCUUCAUCAGCAUUGUGGCCUGUUGGUGGUGGACUCUGGUGAGAGCGGCAUGUGUUGAUCGGGAGACAGAUUGAAGAUGCCUAAAGGCCUUGUCAAUGAUAGGCUUAUAUUGUUAUUCUUGAAAGGUUUUGGCUUGUGGUUGUUUCAUGUUUCUGCAUGUUGGUUCAAGCCCUUUACGUUUCCAUCCAUUACUGGUGCCUUCUUCCCGAAGCAGGCGGCCUGAAGCGCCCGAUGGCUCGCUGGGCGCUCCUUGCCUUGUUGCCAACUGCACUGGCAGACCUGGAGACAGCUCUGGCUCAGGAAGAAUGCACUGAUCCAGACACCUGCUCCUUGCAGCUGCUGCAUGUCAGAGGGAACAAGACUGAGAGUGAUCUGAAAGCUGAUUACCAACCUGGAAGAGAGACAGGAGUCUCCUGCAUGUGGUCGAACUGCGAAGACAAGCUUGGCCUCGUGGAAUGCCACCACUGGCGGUGUGUUUGUUUGCCCACGGCGAAGUGGAGUUCCGAGCUCUUGACCUGUGUCAAGGCUGAAGAGCCUGCUGAAGGGCAAGACACAGGUGGCUCUUGUGGCUGGUUCGCCUGCAGCAAGACCCGGGGUCCUACCAGGUGUGAGCGGGGCAAAUGCCAAUGCACAGAUGGCUAUGUAUCCUUUGGCGGCAAGUGCUACCAAACCACCACCACCACAACAUCCCAGACAGAGACCUGGCCCGAUGCGGUGAUUUCUGCUCCCGUGCCCGUGCCGCCUCCGGCACCCAAGCAGCCGCCGCCGAAGCAAAUCUCGGAUGGAGCCAACAGCGCCAGCGGCGCCAGCGACAGCUCCAGUUCGGCCUGCGAGAAAUCGCCUGGCUGCAAAGCGCUGGGUCUCCAUGGCAUGUGCUGCCCCAAUCCUGGAGGCGUUAUGCUGGGGUGCUGCGGACAGUCUGCGGCAGCGGCCAGCACACAAGCGCCAACAGCAGAAGCUGCUUGCGACAAAGCGCCGAAGUGUGCCGAGUUGGGUUUGCAAGGUCAGUGCUGUCCCAACCCCUCGGGUGUCCGCCUCGGCUGCUGCCCCUGAUGCUCAGCAAAGACUGCAGCGUCAUGAGGAAGGUAUAGAAGGUCAUCGUCCAGAGACCGAACGACGGAGCGUUGGAGGUAAAAAGCAAGGUUUUUGGGUUCCGGAUUCUUUUUGGAUGACCUUGAUGGUAUAGUGAUGUUGAUGGUAGCAACUAUGCAUUAGUCGAUGCGAUGAUGAGUUUGUUGAGCAUUGCUUGCGUGAUUCAAAGAGUUUGGUAAUGAACAAUUAUGGGCCAGGCCAGUCUAUAUAACACGAGAAGAAUUAUGUGCUGCCCACAACUCUUAUGACGUUCAGGGUCUUUCAAGGUAUGUCUCGCAUCGGAGAAAUCACGAGACUAGCAGAUACACGCGAUGAAACGAAGGUGAGGAAACACACAACGUGGCUGUCAAGCCCACGGCAGACAAGCCCGAGACAGCUCUGUCGUUGCGGACACACACACACACAAGUGUUGUGAUUGAUUUAUG